AUGCCUUCUUCUGGCCUCCUUGCACGGCUUCUUGGCCUAUUCUCCAAAGCCUCUCCCAGUUCAAGCCGUGCGAAGCAACAAACAUCCGAGAUGGCGUCCGACAACAACCACAACAACCAGAAGCUGCUCUGCCUCAACAUCCUGGGCUACAAAAAAGAGGGGAUCGAUCUCGCAGAGUACCGCAACUACAUGGCCAACGUGCACGCUCCGCUCGUUGCCGGCCUCAUGCAGAAGUACGGCUUUCUGCAAUGGAGCAUGUUUGCCAACACGGCACCCUACGACUGCUGCGUGCAGAUUGUGAUCCCCGGCAUCGAGUGCUUCGUCAACAUGAAGGCCGACCCCUAUUUCAAGCAGACCAUUGGGCCUGACCAUGAGAAGUUUGCCGACACCGGCCGCUCUGAGAUGAUGAUCGGUUGGUUUGCGCCGUUGAUGAGGGAUGGCUAG